GGCUGAAUUAUGUCAGAUUUUUUGUUAGAAACAAAAAACUUCGGAACAACAGACAGCUCCUGUCUUGAGCACACGUUCUGGUGUAUCUCCGGUCUUUAUUCAUCCUCUAACUUUAUUCUCGGUUCUUGAAUGUGCAGUACUUAGCGACCGGAGCCUCUCCCAGCUUAACAGACCGUUAUGCUACCUAGCUAGCUAGCAGCUAAUGUUACCCAACAUGCCGUCCCGCGGUGUAAAUUUAUAAAUGUAAAAUUAUUAGUGUUAGAAAUUGUUUAAGUCACAAAUUGUUGUGUGUUAUGGUGUUGUUUCCUGUUAAAGAGAGUUAGUUGUGUGUUAUUAAUUGUUGUGUUAUAAUGUUACUACCAUGAGUGAAAAGAGUACGCAGUUAACAGGGCUCCCGGUCUCAAUUCACUCGCAGAUUACUUCGGCUGUAGUGCUCUCCGGCAAUGCAACGGUAUUAUCGUAUAUGAAAAUCAUCAUAUCAUACAGGAAAUUAAUACCGGUAUAAACCAUGUAUAAACCGGUAAAACUGCCCAGCACUAAAUUUGUUAAUCUACUUAUGAGCUGCAAAGGAGUAAGUAAAAAGCAAACUACCUGCAAGACACAUACAGCCAAAAAUGUCAAACUUUCAUAUCUUCUCCAAAGUGAGGACUCAUUUCAUUUCAUUUCAUUGUAAAUCUGAAUAUCUUUGGGUUUUGGACUGGUCGCACACAAUUUGUAGACAUCACCUUGGGUAUUUCUGCCCUUUUUUAUGACAAUUCAUAGUCAAAAGGUUAAUCAAUCAAAACAUGAAUCGUUACUUGCAGCGCUAGUUCAAAGGGGAGAUACGAAUGUUUGAAUGGCAGCUGAACUGAAGCAUCCAGUAAAGGCCACAGUAACUCACCUCGCAGCUGCCUGUCAUUUACAGCACACAGGGAGCAAAAUGGAUAACGAGUGUUUUAGCUGCAUCUUGUUGGACCCUUGUUGUGACUGAAAGGUUAUAUUCAUUAAAACGACCUGCGAGGCCACACGUGUGCUUAUCGCGACCGGUCACGCAGCAGCUGUGUGAUUUAUUGCUCUCCCACAUGGCCGUUAUGACGGCGGCCCUUUUUCACUUAAAUAUUGCCAACAGCCAGGAGUGGACCCUGAGCAAAUCCGUCCCAGAGCUCAGACUGGGCAUUCUGGGAAGUCUAAAAAGCGGCAAGUCAGCGCUGGUGAACAAAUACAUCACAGGCAGCUAUGUUGCACUUGAGAAGCCUGACGGUGGCCGGUAUAAAAAGGAAGUGCUGGUGGACGGACAGAGUCAUUUAUUGCUGAUCCGGGAGGAAGCUGGGCCGCCUGAUGCACAGUUCAGCAGCUGGGUGGACGCAGUGAUCCUGGUCUUUAGUCUGGAGAACGAGGGCAGCUUCCAGGAGCUCUACCAGCUCUACAGUCAGCUGAGUGCCCAGCGCACGGACAUCCCAGUCAUAGUGGUCGGCACCCAAGAUAAAAUCAGCAGCACCAACCCUCGAGUGAUUGAGGAUCAGAGAGCCAGACAGCUGUGUAUCGACGUGCGUCACUCGCUGUUUUACGAGACCUGCGCAACCUACGGGUUCAACGUCGAUCGAGUGUUUUCAGAGGCUGCCCAGAAGAUUGUAGCUCAGAAGAAGCAGGCGGCGCUGCAGGCCUGCAAGUCUCUUCCCAACUCUCCCAGUCACUCUGGAGGCUCCACCCCUGGAUCAGCAUCGCUCCCCGGCCAGGCCAGUAAUGGCCCGAGUUGUGGCUACGCCUACUCCCUGCCCUCCACCCCUGUGAUCGGUCAUCGAGAUCUGCGGGUUGCACAGGCAGAGGGGGGAGGCAGUGUCACCUCCCGUCCGCUGAGGGGCAUCCCCAGACGGCCCUCCCUCUUUAAGAACCGGGACCCAGAUAAGAAGUCCGGUGAUCCUAAAGGAGACCCAAGCAGCGCGCGGGGCGUUCCCAUUAAACAGAGCAUCCUUUGGAAGAGAAGCGGCAGCUCUCUGAACAAGGAGUGGAAGAAGAAAUACGUCACCCUGUCCAACAAUGGCAUGCUGUCCUACCACUCCAGCUCCAGUGACUACACGCAGAACAUCCAUGGAAAGGAAAUCGACCUGCUGCGCGUGACAGUCAAAGUUCCCGGGAAACGUCCUCCGAGAGCCGUGGCUCCUGCGGGGCCCUCACCUGUCCCCCCCGCUUCUGCACCCGGAGUCAACGGGCUGAGUAAGGAGCCGGCAGCCGCCGAUAGCACCAGUACAGUUCCUCAGCUGUGUCCAGCCACUCUGUCUGUGGUUGAUGAUCGGUCAGGUGGUCUGUUGUCUCAAGGAGGAGACCGAGCACUCCAACGCUGCCCCUCCUCAUUGUCUACCAAAGCACAAAGUGUCGAUGCCCUUGAAGGAGCAGCCACUGGAAAGGAUCCCAGCCAAUCAUCUCCCAUGACCGACAGGAAGAAGAACCGGAGGAAGAAGAGCAUGAAUCAGAAAGGAGAUGCAGCCGUUGGUCAGGCUGAAGCCAAACGCAAAAUGUGGAAAUUAAAAAGCUUUGGUAGCUUGAGAAACAUUAAUAAGACAGAGGAAGAGAAUGCAGACUUUAUCAUAGUGUCGUUCACGGGGCAGACGUGGCACUUUGAGGCUCCGAGCCUGGAGGACCGAGACGCGUGGGUGUCGGCUAUAGAGAGCCAGAUCCUGGCCAGCCUGCAGUCCUGUGAGAGCGGCAGAAACAAGGCUCGGAGGAGCAGCCAGAGUGAGGCUGUAGCGCUGCAGGCCAUCCGCAACGCCAAGGGCAACAGUCUGUGUGUCGACUGUGAAGCACCGAAUCCCACCUGGGCCAGUCUCAACCUGGGCGCGCUGAUCUGCAUCGAGUGCUCGGGGAUCCAUCGAAACCUGGGCACUCACCUGUCCCGCGUCCGCUCGCUGGACCUGGAUGACUGGCCCGGAGAGCUCACACAGGUCCUGGCUGCCAUCGGAAAUCACAUGGCCAACAGCAUCUGGGAGAGCUGCACCCAGGGCCGGACCAAACCCACACCAACGGCAACACGUGAGGGAAGAGAGUCGUGGAUUCGUGCAAAGUACGAACAACGGGCGUUCGUGCCGCCUCUUCAGCUGGCCCCGGCUCCAGGCGACGGUAUGCCGAUGUUGCUGCUGUCUGCGGUGACCGAGAGGGAUCUGCCCAGACUGCUGCUCCUUCUGGCUCACAGCACCAAGGAACAGAUCAACGCUCAACCGGCCGGGUCGAACGCACCGCCUCGCUCGGCCCUGCACGCCGCCUGUCAGCUGGGAGAUGUAGUCAUGACCCAGCUGCUCAUCUGGUACGGAAUCGACGUGAAGGCAAAAGAUAGCCAAGGCCAGACAGCCAUGAAGGUGGCCAGUAAAACAGGGAGCAAAGGCUGCAUUGAUAUUUUGCUUCAACACGGCUGUCCCAACGAGACGUCCCCCACCACUGCCACACCCGUCCUGUCCCGCCGGUCCAGCACUGCCAGCCUGGGCCGAACCAGCUCCAGGAAACGGGUGUCGUAGCGCCAAUUGAAGACGCCACCACACGGAGGAGCCAUUGACCUCUGGAAGAUGCUUAUUGUUUAGAAACCUUUUGAAAUCAUGGAUACUUUUGGAGAGGGGGCGUGCUUUAGGAAAAAUGACAGGACUAUAUCAUAGUACUAAGGAUUUAAACAAAAACAAAAAAAUAUAUAUAGCUUCUGAAGACUGAACAACAUAUCAAACAACUUAAAAGCAAUAUUCAUUCAAUUUCUUGAUGACAGAUAUGUUGCUGAAAUGCCGUGUUGUUGUUGACCUCAUUUAAAAAAUUACUCAAGUAGAACUUUGUAGCUGUCUUCUGUAAUUUUAGAGCAGACAAACUGCUUCCUGUUUCACUUCCUCCACAAGAAGUGCAAUAAUCCAACUAUGAUGAUGAAAAGCAACAAGUUUUAGAGCGGACCGUGUCGGACGACUGUACGGUCAACACACCGAGAAGGGUGCUGCUUUUAUUUCAAAUUUGUUGUGACCGGACCAAAAACGGCCCUUAUUUCCUUUUGGCUUUACAAAUAAAAGCUACAAUAUGUCAUGUCGUUAGUUAUGUGUGCCUGUCGCAGCAGUAUAAAGGCCAGUUUGGCCAACAUAAAUGGGUUUUUCAGUGACGAAUCAGCUGAAAUAAUUCUGCUUAGAUUAGAAAAAAAAUGAAUGGUUUGGAAUAUGUCAGUGUUACUCUCACAGGUCAAAGAUAUGGCGUUUUAAUAUACUGUAAAUGUACCUAUACUACAUACUUAAUGUUAAACUCUGUAACCAAGACACAACUGAAAAAUCAAAGACUCAAUUUUGUAAAUGAUUUCUACUGGUAGUUUUGAAAAUAUGUCAGACUUGUGUUUUUCAUUGUCUCUUAUAGUUUUUAUUUUUAUUUUUUAUUAUCCUACAUGUCAUGAAAGCAUCAACCAGUAAACAAAAUGCUUUUACAUAAUGUGAACAUGUGGCUAUUUGUUAAGUUUUAUUUGGGAUGGCCCAAACGACUACAUAAAGACAUUAUUGCCGUUCAUAUUACUGUUGUGUAGGUCGUUCCCCGGAGUUUACAGUGACGUAUGAAGAGUUGCAGGUGUCAUAGUUAUUUCUGACACUUUGUGGGUUGUGUGAAUCUCUCAUGAGCUAAAAGAAAUGGUUACCGGAAUAAAAUAAACUUUUUUUUAAUUAGCA